AUGCCUGGUGCCGUUGCCAUGGAGAACGGCAUCCAGAAUGGCCUCCCCGGCGGCGACCACGAUGCCGUCGCGCGAUCGGCGCGCAUGAACGAUCUCCCCGACGAAAUCCAACACAUAACCCAGGGAUACAUACCUCUCGGCCUCCUGCUGUCGCGCCUUGCCCAGCGCUCGCACAAUCAGUUGACGGCCAAGAUCCUGGAGCUGGCCAAGAUGCCAGUCUCGGCUCCCGCCGUCAAUGGCAACUCGGCGCCUGCUGUCAGUCUCCCGGACGACACAUCGGUAGAGAACCUGAGUAAAAAGGCAUCACUCUUGAACUUUAUGCAAGAGCUGCACGCAAGAUGGACCAAGGCGCUCGUCAUUGCUUCUUGGAGUCGCAAGGCCCCGACCGUCAGCAAGCUCAUCGACCUGAUGAACUACAUCAACAUGGAGCGCAAAGCAUUCGACGACGGCCUCGGCUACAUGGCCAACAUCAAGCGCGACCUUACUUUUGCACGACUCCCAAACCCAGAUUUACAAACAGCGCUGCAAGUCUUGUCCACCGGCAGUGCUUCAUGGAUGCCUGAUCUGGGUUACAUUGAACCGCCCCCGUUGACCGCAGAAGAGCAACUACAGUGGAUAGAGGAGCUCAACACUCUCCUCUCGCUACGACUGAACCUAGAAGAUCACGACAAGAUACCACUCCAGUUUCGCGACUACACGAUCGCAUCGGGCCGUGUGACAUUCAAGGUCGAGGGAGAAUACGAGGUCGACUUGACAAUUGCCGAUGAGGAUUUUGAGCAGCAAUACUGGUUCUUGGAUUUUCGAUUUGCUUUUACACCUGCCCCGGCAGAAUUGACCGAAACGUUGCGGGUUUUCCUCGAGGCUCGCGUAAACGAGGCCUUGGAAAAGGAAGGACUGCGAGGAUGCUACAAUUUUCUACACGAAUUUGUACUCACACACAAGAUUAGCGAGUACGUACGACAAGCACGCGAGUUGGCGAGGGCAAGCUGGGUGGACACUCUAAAGAUUGAGCGGCUCAACCGAAGCAUGGCCAUACAAUACUGGACCAACCGACACCUCCCAGACAGCCCAAAGAGUUGGAUUAUCAUGGGUGUCCACAGCGGCAGGAAAUCCGGAGCGACUACCAUUGACAACGAUGCCACGAGCUACCUCUCAUUGCGCUGGUUUAGAGAUGGCAAGGAGGUUCAAGAAUCAGAUAUCACGUUUGAGAAAUCCCAUAUAUCCACCGAAAAGCUUCUCAAAAAGGUAAUCGCACGACAUGUGGAACACAUCUUGUCCACUAUACAUGGAAAGCUCCAAACCAAGGACCGUUACCUCAAGAGGGAAGCAGCCCUCAGCCUCGACAUUUCUCGGGACGAACCCCUCGAGUCCAGUCUACGCGUACAAGUUGGACAAAAAGACUUUAUCAACCUCCGGAUAGCUCCAAUCACUGGUUCCUUUUCAAUGACGCCCCAGAGAACCGCAACGUACAAGGGAGAGCAACGUCUGAAUACUCUGGCCAAGGAUCCUACCGAAGAAGGCAUACUUGCCCUGGAAGGCGCACGCUAUGCCUGGAUGGCCGACGAUUUGAAUCGCAGAGGCAAGAGUAUGGGCUGGAGCUUCACUCGUAGUCCGGUGAGGCCCGAAGAAAUACGAAGUAUACUAAAGUCGAAAGAGUCGGGCCAGAAUUUCUGGUUCAAGAGAAAGGGUUGGCCUGCGGAAUGGUACAUGAUGUUGAGUUUGAGUUUGGCUGGGGACAGGUGGUGGCUGAUGGAGGUUGCCAACCUGCCGACUGGCCCUCGCGUUGUGACAUUUGCACAACUGCCACUCGUCACCCCGUCACCAGCUCUAAACGACACCUUCUUUGCAGGCAUGACCAUCUUUAGCGCUGCAAUGAUGUCACAAGUCAUCAACUCAAAGGAGCUACACCGACGUCACAUUAAGUAUCGUGACGAUCAGAAGAUGAGCCUUCCACAAACGCCCACCAUGAAGCUACCCAUUCUCAAGGUACGCCUAGCUGAGAUUCUUGCCGGAGGGACCAUUGCGGCCGGGAAACCUGUCACCUGGGCACAUGACCAUGUGUUUAUCAGGUUCAUGAGGAUUGAGAAUACACGACGAAUUCGAAAGGAAAUUCAGCAGGGCGAGGAUCAAGCACAAAAACAGCCACUUCUCUCCAUUGUGGCCGACGCUCGCUUCAGGGUCGUGGACCCAGCCAAGUUUGGUCUUCUCCAAGGAAACGUUGAGCAGGACGUUGCCUAUAAUACUCAACUUGGCGUCUUUGCGUUGCAGCUCAAGGCCGACCUGGGAACCACCAUUGUCGGCGACUUGGCCAACCGGAUUCACGCCAUUGAAAGACUUGUCGACUGUGUGGACGCCAUCAGGCGCAGCCCCUCGGAUAUCAAAUGCGAUACCAUCACUCUUGCUCGAGUCGACUUUACCUAUAGCGAUGCAAUCGGACGCACUGCCGGAAAUGCAGCGGAAGCCAACAUUCGACGUUGGAAGGCUUCUCUGGACCUACGAUCCGAUCAGAUCAAGAUGUCUCUGGAGAAAGGAAACCCCCAUCUACGUAUCCUUGACGGUCUCAACCGCCUCAUUAACUCUUCGUUGGGUUUCAGCAAGCUUCCACAAUACUUGGCCUUUACCCUUCCCGCAAUAAAGGCAUUGGACCAGAUCGAGGAUUCUUGGGCCCAAGUACCACAGGGACGUGCCGAGAUCUUUUCCGAGCAACUAGAUUGGUUCACUAUUAGAUACAUCUUGUCAGGACCGAACAAGGCUGCACCACGAGUCUAUCGCAUCGCCUUGAAGCUCAGGGAACGACGUGGUUCGCCAUUCUGGCACGUUACUCGAUCCGAAAUUGGACCAAACUCGAACCCCGACGACGAGUUCAAGCCAGUGCUAGCAAAAGUCUGGAGCCAAGCCAAUGCAGGUUGGCAGAAUUUUGGCGACAGCGCUUGCUGCAACGCAGACGAUAGCAUCAUUGCACUGCUCAAGGCGGUGGACGAUGCAGCAAGAGAGUUGGCAAAGAAGCCAGUCCCUACCUCGCCAGUGGCUUCAAGGCAGCCAGCAAAGACGCAACCUACACCAAAGAUGCAACCAGCAUCGAAACCAAACAACCAAAAGAAUACGGCAGCUCAAGCAAACCGGGGCCGGCCGAUGCAGCAGCAAUCAGGCACCUCGAGCAAUACUGCUAUUACUCUAGACUAG